AUGCCUCCGAGCGUCCAUAAGAUUUUGGUACAUGGUUCAAGAGCCAUACAGCUUGCUCUUUUUCCUAUCGGGAUUUUGUCCGAAGAAGCGCAAGAAGCACGAAACAAGGACUACAUAAGAUUUAGGCGACAAAACACUCGUAAAACCUCAAGAAUAGACACCAAUACUGAUAUUUUACAUAUGUUUUUAAUUUCCUCUGACCCUCUCAUUACUUCUAAAAGUACACAAAAUAUAAAGAAGAAAAAUAAUGCAUUAUGUUCUGAAGCAAUGAAUUUAUUGAGUGAUAUUAUAGAAACUCAUACUACUAGAGAUUUAGAAUUAGAUUCGAAUGAUAGUACUAAAGUCUCGGAGUUUGAUUCAAGUGACUGUUCUAUAGACAUUGAUAGUGAUGAAAGUUGA